AUGACUGCACCCCAUCUUGUGCUGAAUGACGUCGACGUCAAGGGCUUCCCGAACAAGCGCGAUCUUGCGGGCUGCCAGAAGCUCAUCACUGUUACGGGUAAGUACCGUGCUGAAAGCACGAUUCCGUGGGGAAAGCCGGUUAUCUGGACCUGCAACGAGGAGAAUAGCGUCUUGAGGGACAAGAGAUUGGCCAAGUACUUCGUAGACUCGGGCGCAACGGUUGUCAAGUUGGGUCGUGACUGUAAAUUGUACAAGGAGGAGUAG